AUGCCGCCCUCCACCACCGCCGUCUUUGCUGCCGGCGGCGCGCUCGCCGUUGGCAAUAUCGUCCUCGGCCACUCGGCGAUCCUCGCAGGCCUCGGCCGCGGCGCACCGUGGGUUCGGACGGCGGCAGCAAAAAUCGAGGUACUCUUUGGCAAGGAUGGCAUUCUGCGCGAGGGCUCGCCGCGCUCGCUGCUCGCGCCCGGCGCACGCGCACGCGACCUGCACCUCGUCGACCUCGGCUCUGGAGACGGCGCGCUAAUCCGCGCUGCGACGCGGACGGGCGGCUACGGAAGGGCGACCGGGUAUGAGCUCAACCCGUGGCUCGUGCGCUACUCGCGCCUUGUCUCGGCGGGCCGGCCGGAAGAGAGGACUCUUGAGGCGGACGUCGUGCUCGUGUACGGAGUGCCGCCCAUCAUGCCGCGGCUCGGCGACGCCCUCUCCGCUUCCCUCCCGCUGCUGGGGAGGCAGAAGAGCCUGCGUGAGGGUGCCCUCGUCGUCGCGAACGCGUACCCUCUGCCCUCGCACGCGCUCGGCCCCGCGGUGGGGACUACGUUCGUCGAGACCUCCCGCUGGUCUCCCGACGCGUCGAGCUGCCUCUUCGCGUACCGGACUCUGCGUGGCGCGUCGUCGGGGGGACAGCGCGUCCAAGCCCUCGGCACCAGCGAGAGGCAGAACAGGGAGGAGCAGGGAGCGGAUACUCGAGCACACCUCUCGCCUGCCAAACGUCAGACGUCAAACGAUGCCAGCGGCGGCCGCCUCGCCGCCGCUCUGUUGCGGAGGCAGGUGCUGCGGCGGCGGCUCCGGUGA